AUGCGGCAAUGCGGCUUCGAUAAGGACAUUCUUUUAGGCCCAGUGGUAAGCAAGCGGUAUCAGAGACGACCACCCAUAUCUCGGUUUGAUGAUAUUAAGAAGUGGGCUGGAAUGACGAUGGUUGAGGCUUUCAGACAGUCUUUAUCCAUCACACAUCGUUUCUUUCCCAUGACGGCUUCUCUCAACUGUUUUAAAUCUAUCUAUCUAUCUAUCUAUCUAUCUAUCUAUCUAUCUAUCUAUCUACGCCUGUUCAUAUCUAUCUUAUUCUAUUCAUAUCUAUCUCAUUCUGUUCAUAUCUAUCUCAUUCUGUCCAUAUCUAUCUAUACCAGUCUGUUCAUAUCAAUCUAUCCCAGUCAGUUCAUAUCUAUCUAUCUAUCUAUCUAUCUAUCUAUCUAUCUAUCUAUCUAUCUAUCUGUUCACGCCUAUCUAUCUCAUUCUGUUCAUAUCUAUCUAUCUAUCCCAGUCUGUUCAUAUCUAUCUAUCUAUCUAUCUAUCUAUCUAUCUAUCUAUCUAUCUAUCUAUCUAUCUAUCUAUCUACGCCUGUUCAUAUCUAUCUCAUUCUGUUCAUAUCUAUCUAUCUAUCUAUCCCAGUCUAUUCUAUCUAUCUAUCUAUCUAUCUAUCUAUCUAUCUAUCUAUCUAUCUAUCUAUCUAUUAUUGUGCAUCCGUAUUUCUGUUGGUACUUUUCUUGCUCGCUGUGUUGA